GGAUGCUAUGUGGGAUUAUCGUGUCGUUUUUAAGCGUUCUUAAAACUUUUGUUUCAUCGAAAACAUUGUAUAUAUAUUAUUGAAACGACUUGAAAUUCGAAAUAAUUAUUAGUUAACAGUGUUGAAGUGUGUUAUGUAAGUUUGUGUAGGUAUUUUAAAGUGUAACAUAGUGCAUUCUUUGAUGAUUCAUCUGUGAACAAGAAAUUCAGUUUGUGUCAUAGUUGUACAUAUAUUUUAAAUCUUAAGUUAUGUGUACACCUUAUAAGGAAUAUGUUUUGUGAUUGGUUUGGCUGAUUUUUCGACUUAACUAAAUCCAGUUUGCUGUGAAAUAAGGUGUCUAUCCAGCCCAUGUCUGCACUAUAAAUAAUUAAUAUGAGAAGCGUUUGCAGUUAUCCUGUUUCGUGGUACAUUUAAGAAUUCCGAGAUACAAAAUGGAGAUCCGAACGCUUUACUACAUAGUAGCCUUCAGCCUGGGGCUAUCGUUAGUCACUGCAGAUUUCACUGCAAACUGUCCACAAGAAUGCAAAUGUGUCUGGGCGAGCGGAAACAAGCAAGCUGACUGUUCACACUCAAACUUUCAUGACAUACCGAAAACAUUAAGCACAGAGAUACAGAUACUAGACCUAACUAAUAAUGAGCUGUACGAAAUCACGAGGCACGCUUUCGAAGAUGUCCGAUUAAUAAAUCUAAAGAAACUUAUAUUAAAAGAAUGCAAGUUAAUAACGAUACAUAAAAAUGGACUGAGCGGUCUCGCGAUCAUGAUUGAAUUAGACUUAUCGAAAAACGACCUUAAAACGUUACACGCGGAAACGUUUAAGGAAACAUCGAAAAUAAGGUGGAUCUUGCUCAAUGAUAAUCAAAUCGAGAAGUUAGAAAAUGGCCUAUUUAAUAAUUUACCGUUCCUACAAAAAGUCGAUUUAAGCAACAACCAUCUAGUACAAAUAGGCGUUAAGACCUUUAUGAAUGUGCCAAAGCUUAAUAUCCUACGAUUGGAUGGUAAUAAAUUAGAACACCUUAAAAUAGAUACGCUGAGCGCUUUAACGUCAUUAUCUAACCUCGACGUUCACGAUAAUCCCUGGAAAUGUGAUUGCUACUUGCAACCUUUCAGAAAUUGGGUCAUUAGCAAAAACUUCUACACGUCACCGAUAUCAUGUAGCGAACCGGCCAAAGUAAAUGGAAAAUUAUGGAAGGAGCUAGAUUCUAGCGAUUUUGCUUGCAGGCCAAGUAUAAUUUAUCCUUCGACAAAAACAACGUUGCGGUCGUCUGAUACAAAUGUAACUCUUUCUUGCCAAGUUGAUGGCAAUCCUUUGCCAGAAGUGAAUUGGGUGUUAAAUGCUCAAAUAAUUGAUGGCACGUACAGAUAUCAAGGAGAAAUUAAAUAUUUUGUGACGCAGAGUAAUUCAGAAAAUAGUAAAUGGGUAAACCUGACUAUCUUCGAUGCUGGCAGUUCUGAUAAUGGAGAGUAUUUAUGUGUAGCCAAAAAUGCUGGUGGCGUUGAAGAAAGGAGUCUGACUUUGGCUAUAGCUCAUGCUCCUCCCGGAAUCGUUGCACCUCCAGGAAUGGAUAACAGCAUGUUACCAGUUUUAAUUGGAAUAUCCUGCACUGCAGCAAUAUUGCUUAUCAUUUUAGUUAUUCUCUGCUAUUAUUGCUGUCGUAGACGUGGUUCAGAGAAAAAGAACGAUAACGUUAAUGGCGAGGCCCUAAUUGAAGGUUCGGUUAUACCAGAAAUGGAGAAAAGUCUGAUCACAGCCGUUAAUCCAGUUACAAAGCCACCUAGAAGAUACGACGCUCCUCUAUCGAUCUCCAGCGCUACUGAAAUGUCGGAACUAAAUAAGACAUUACUUGAUAACGAUUCUGUUUUCGCUCACAACGAUGACGAAAAGAGAUCGCUAGACUUCGAUCAACACACGAAAAGAUCACAAGAUGCUCUGAACGUUGAAUACGGUCGUACUGACGGACGCGCGUAUCCGCCAGAUCUCCUAUCGUUCCCAGCGAGAGCCGCGCAAAUUUCUCCUGCAGCGAGCAACGCUUCUACUGUUCCAGACACAAGUAGACUACAAAUAAACCCAGUUAGCCCAAUCCACUCACCUAUUUACGGGAUGACCACCAAUCAAAAUCUCUUCAGAACUUUACCGUAUUCCCGAUCACAAUCUCCAUUUACUGCGCCAAUUACACCGCCAGUGGUAACACCAAGGCAAGGAUAUGUUACAAUACCAAGAAGACCUAGGGUACCAUCCUGGUCAAGCACAGCCAGUACACAAAUACUCCCUAGCGCUGAAGCACAAGAACCACUAUAUGAUAAUCUGGGUCUAAGAACAACUGCAGACGGAAGCUCUGUAUUGUCAUUAAAUAAAGCGGGAUUAGAACAGCAAUUUUCACCGAUGAGAAAUAGACCUCUACCAGCUACACCUACUGUUUAUCCUAAUCCACACCCUCCGGUUUACUACGCUCCUAUAGAAGAACAAGAACCAGCUCCUUCACCUGUACCACCUCCAUUUACUCCCACUCGAAACAGCAUCAGUUCACAAAUAUCUAACCAACUCUCCACACCAGGUCCACAAGAACCAGUGAACCAAAGAAUGAGUUGGACAGCAAAAAACACAUCUACACCGCAAACUGAGCCUAGAAAGCAGUUAGUCAACAUGAUGGAUAACAGGAAUGCCGAUGCUCAGUCGCAAAUUUCCGACAACAGUACACUUAGUCGUAAGGGUAAACCAGAAACAGGUUCACUAAGAAGAAAUCCAAGAUCGGAAAAAGAUGAGAUUGGUUCACCGUCUAGAGAAGAUCCACGUAAAAACGAAAGCAAUGUGUCAUUGAAUCAAUCCAGCACUAUGGGAAGAAGUGGUAAAAUCCCCCCUAGACCACCGCCGAAACCUAAGAAAAAACCUAGUACCGAAGUGAACCCUAACGAACCCUUGUUCGAAGACGAAGGCGAAGACGGCACAGAAGUGUAGUAAACUCGAGAUUGACUGAAAAAAAAGUGCCAACGAGCUUUUAGUGAUACGUCACAGUGAAGUGAUAUCAGUGAACGAUUUAAAGUGCAAUCGGAUCAUUAUUUUGCGGUGCUCGUGUAAAUAUCUUGUGCUAGAUUUUUUACUGAUGCGUACAAUUGCAUUAUGGACCAUUUCGCGUUGACGUCAUAGAUAGCGUUGAAGCCCUGAAUAAGUUAUAACGUUGCGAACUAUUAUACACAUACGUUAUAUUUUAAGUAUUUAUUAUGUGUGGUUAUAAUUUUAAGAAAAUGAAACGGUAGCUUUUCGAUUCGCUUGCCAUUAGUAGGGGCGUCUGUUCAUCGACUUUCAAGACUGAUUAUCCUAAAUUAAUUCUCGCAUUCGACAUUCCUGUUUCGUAUUGAUUCCACAUUAUACCUUUAUAUCGAGCAAUUUCGAAUGAGAUCUCAUUGAAAUUAAAAUCUAAUGGGAAGACGGAACGGAUUAGCUUUUCAACUGUUGAUUGUGUCAAUAGUUUCCAAAAGCGUUUAUAAUCCUUCGCUCGUUCCAGAUAAAGCACGCGUACUCGAAGCGUCCAAAAUUAGAGUUUCCCUUAUUAGUUCAAAAAUCUUUUUUAUGGCGACAUUUUUCGAUCAUUUCCAAAUGUGUGGAUUUUAUAUUUCACUUACACAUACAUUCAUACUUCUGAAAUAUUUAACUUAACUUCUAAGUUAAUAUAAUUUUAGUUGUUAGCUCUUUUUAAGACUGUGUAUUUUAUCAACAAAUAUUUAACUGUUCACGUCAAAUGUCUUAAGUUAAAAUGACAUUUUUUUAAAACAAUCGACAAACAUAAAAAAAAUGUAUUUUCAGCUUAAAUGUAAUCAAAUUUUUAAAAAACGUUUUAAUUUUUGUAAAUAGAGGUAAUCGAUUGUGUAAAAAGUAUUUCAAUCAUGCAAAAUUAAUUUCUUAAAUUAAUCUCCUCAAAUGUCAAUCUACCUCUUAAAAUUUUAAUUUAAACUUUGUUUGAUUUAAACCAUUCCAAUCAGUGAUUACGUAUCCAGUAGCUUUGAACAAAUUAUUUUAAAACCGAUUAGAAAAUAUAGUUCCUCGAGCGAAGUUUUUGAUACGAGUCGAUUUGCACCAACUUCAAUUAUCGAAAUCCUUAGAAAAAGUUCUUAUAUUGUAAAUAUACAUACCAUAUAUUCAACCAUGAAUUCAUCAUUAUACAUCUUUAGACGUAACCGAAAAAAAAUAUUUCGUGUUAUACAUGGUGCGUAAAAGUAUAUUUAUGGUAAAGUUCGUGUGAAUAAACAUCAAAGAAUGUUAUAGCACUUUUGUAUUUAACUGUACCGUGGUGCAUAUCGACGUCACGUUAUGACAUUAGUAUGUAUUUUAGUUACUGGUGCUUAUUUUUGUAAUGUUUUUUAAACUUAUUUAUUAUUUUUUUAAUUGAAUGUACUUUAUCGAUAGUGAUUACAUGUAUGUUUUAUUUUGUCAUAUUGUGCUUAGUGUUUAAGUGCUGAUUGUUUCGCACGAUAGUGACAUUAUACAGCGUGUAUUAAAAUAUUAUAAUCGUACAUGAAUAAAAAUGUUCAAUUCAUCCCGAUAGUGACUUUGGUAAUAGGAACGGUAAAUAAAACAAGUGAUUCAUACUGAUUUCAUACUUUAAAUGUAUUUUAUUGAUCAGUAUAUCGUUGCGAUUUUAAAACGUUUUAAAAUUCGUAUGAAUUAUUUAUGUAAAAUGGUUUUAUAUUUUAACCUUUUUAAUAAUUGCGUAUGAACUAUGUCAAGUAAAAAAUAACGAACCGUUUUAAUAUAUUUUCGAUGACUAAAAAUGUUUUCGUGGUCAAUUAUACUGUAUGUUUUUUUUUAGGACGAAGAGUACAACGUACGGUUUUCACAAUAUUUACUGUAAACUUUUGUUUUUAUAUAGAUGUAAGCGCUACAUGUA